AUGUCUGAGAGUGUCGAUUUCCAGAGUGUCCAAAGUGAGAUUUCGUCGUCGUCGAACUACAAUGUUGUUCGUUGCAAUUGUAACCGCGAAGCUAAUGUUGUUAGGGCUUGGACUCCCAAAAACCCAGGUCGCAGGUUCUAUGGUUGCAGUGGUUUUGGAGCUAGGGAUAAGAAGAAGGCUUGUAACUUCUUUCGUUGGUACGACCUGGAGAAACCACACGGCUGGCAACAUCUUGCUUUGCUGGAGGCUAGAGACAUAAUUCAGGAGCAGAAAGAUGAGAUAGCAGAUCUGAGGACCAAGGUAAGUUCACUAACUCAUUCAAGUGAACUAGAAGAUAAAUUGAAGAAGAAAGGUGAAGAAUGUGAAGCACUGAAAAGGGAAGUGGUCAUGCUACGUGAGAAGAGUUCUGUGAUUCGCAAUGUUGUUGUUUCAUCUGUUGGAUUUGGUGUCCUUGUUGGUGGGAUAAUGGUGAUGUCGAAGUGGUGA